UGCGGUCAAUCAUCAAAGAAGAAGUCGGAGAGGCUUGACCAGGGUCGAGUACAAGUAGAGGAAAUUUAUAACCUUGGAUAUAAACGGAUAUUUGUUUUCAAACAAAGGACACUUUGAAGAGGCAAGCAUGAGCAGUUUUAGCAGACCUGACAGACACAGGACACUACAGUUCACCAGGGCAACACACCUUGGACCAUCCAAGCCUGACCUUGAGAGAGAUUCAGGCUUCUCAGAUGCCAGUUCAGAGUACCUCAGUACAGUUGAUCUGACUGACUCUGAAGAUGCAGGAAGGAAUGGGUCGAUAGUCGGCCAGGACCAGACCAGUCCACAGGUGGCUGUGAUGGGAGGCUCAUACGCUGGACUGUCUCCAAUGAUCAUCAUGAAUAACUUUGUCUUAAAGCAGCCGUCCACAGUGGCUCCAGCAGAAAAACAGUGGGGCUUUCCUUCACCCUUGGAAGUGAUGCCUCAGUCACAGGUGGUUCUCCUUCAGCCCCUGGUAUCAAAUGGCAGUAGCAGCUCUCCAAAGACUGGCUCUGAAAACAUCCGACAGUCGAAAAGCUACAUGCCCAUCCUCAAGUCGUAUCCUAAAAUCGCCCCACACCCUGUAGACGCAGCCAGUAAGAGGGUGGGAUCCUCCAAAGUGAGGGUGAGUUCAAUUUCAAGACAUGACCAGCGACAGAGGAGGCACCACCGUGGCCACAGGCUCUACAGCUCCCCCAGCCCCCAGCCAGCACUGCAGACUCCAGCCAAACUCAUCUCCAACUUUGAAGCGGCAAACAACCAAUCACAGGUGGCUGAGAGUCAGGAGCAGCUCAGUGACAAGUCUCUUUCCCCGCUGGCAGGGACCAGCUGUCUGCCCCCCUACACAGAUGAAUUCAGGACAGACAUUGACAGCGACAGGAUGCAUGCUGACAAAUACCAGGAUCCCCUCUCGAUGGACAAUAACAAACAGAAACGUUUCAGCAAUACCUACAACGUUCUCAACAAAUCCGGCUUGCUGGGGAUCACCAUGCGCACAAAGCAGCUGAUCAAGGAGAAUAAGCGCACCCAAGGCCAGCUGCAGCAGCUUCAGGAGCAAACGGCUCUGCUGCUGGAGGCCCUGAGCAGCGGAGACCCGCAGCUCUGGACUAAACUGCAGAUCUCUCUGCAGCACACAGACAAAGAGCAGUGGGGAGCUAAAGCCCAGAGAGUCCUGGAGUAACAUUUUGGCAGACAUGAUCAGCAGUUCUUAGUCAGAAGUUCACAAGAUGAUCUGAUGAAUGUGACAACAUAAAUCUCAAAUAUUUACAAUUAAAGCUUUCUUUGUGUUAAGUAGUCAUUACAGCCUCUUACAUUAUAACUAAACAAACUGUAACUUAUAACUCAAGUAUAUACUUUCACUCUUUUGUCAGGAGGUUGUAACAACAGAACAUCGUUAAUUUGCGAGUUAAAGAGCCAAAAACAUUCAGAACUGCUGGUCUGAUAUGAAACUGAAGCACAUCUACAAAUACCAAGCGGGAGUUAAGAAGCAUGUGCUUACAUUUCAAACCCUUGCCUAUAAUGAAUUUUCUUGCCUCUACUGCUUCAAAACGGCAAGUAUCACUUGCAAUAGGGCUAAAGGCUUCUAUAUGUUCUACUCCUAAUUGCAUAUAACGCAUGCCUUACAACACACGUGAGGACACAUGGGGUCAAUUCCUCAUACAUGCCUUGAAUGUGAUGGCUUUAGUGAACUAAAAAUAUAAGCAUCAUUUUUUACAUUUUAAAUCAAAUAGACAACCUGGUGUGGAUUUCCUCUUUACUGGGGAGCAUUGUGGCUUAACAGUCCUUUUUUAAUAUUAUCUACUUUGUUUUUAACUUGGAUGGUAAAUGAAAGUGAAUGAGCAGAUGAGGAAGUGUAUAUACUAACUGCUUGUACCCUCGAACAGCAGCUGGGUAGCUUACAGUGAGAGUCCAGAGGGAUGACAAACCAUAAUGUCUUUUCAGUAAUUUUGUUACUGAGUGUCACUAUUAUUUAUUUAUGAUUCUGUUUCUGACCAACACUAAAGCUGUGUGAAUAAUCUAAACAAACCAAGCACAUUAUAACGAGUUUGCCAGUUCACUGGUAAAGCAAGUUCCUUCUUUCAAAAGAUACCUUUAAGGAGUUCGUAGGAAUUUGCAAAAGCAUAAACUGUAGCAAGUGCUGUAGCCAUAUGAUAUAUUUCUCUUGACUUUGUAUAUGUUGUUGCCAUGUUCAUUCCUGCUGCUUAAGCUCAGUGUGAUGUGUGUUAACUGCAACUUCAAGGCAAACAAAUGACAGCUAAAUGGUUUCUUUUAGUUUCAUAUUACCAAAUCUUGCACUUUAGUUAUAAGAUUACUGACAUUUUUAGACAAAUGUUACGACUCGCAUCCCUAAAUGAAGAUUCUGUCUUGAUAAAACAAUGUGAAUAUAAAUGUUUAUCUGGAUGCCUGUGCCUUUUUGAAUAUGUUUAUGUUUGUACUUCAUAUCGAUGCUUGAGCAGCUUAGAUUGUGAGCUUCAAGUGGAACAAAGUUGAAUGUACUCCGAAGGAUUGAUGUACUUCUCUGACUCAAAACCAGUCAUGCCCCGGCUAGGCAAUACAUCCAGAGAUGAUGUAGAAGGAACAGCAUGAAGACAAAUUAAGUCGUAAAUGGUUCAGUUGUAAAUGUUAAAAGUUGGGGUUAACUGUUGUAUUAUUUAUUUUAGCAGCAGUACACUGCUGUUGCAAUACAAUCUAAUCAUGUAAAACUAUGAAAUAAUAGAGUCAGUCAGGUGAAAGGAGGCUUACAGACAUUAAAUUUUAAGAUUACUUUUUUUUUAAAUUGCUUUUUCAUGUUAUUGUUGAAUGUGCUUUCUGUAUCGUUUCUUUAGCAAAAGUCACUUUGACUGAUAAUGAACUGUCAUAAAACUGUUUGACGAUCA